AUGCUAUCGCGAGAGCCCCGACACCGUGAAGAAGAAGAGGAGAACCAUGACAUACCUAAAAUUUCGCUUGAUUCAAGAUCAAGAGUUGGAGAAAUCCCCAAACAAAUAGACUUUACACAUCAAAUGGGUCGGUCAACAUCAACACCACCAUCCAGUCCUUCAAUUAAGAAUUUCUUUAGACAAAAGGAUUCAAUAAAGUCCAUCGACAGUAUCACAGAAGUACCCGAACCAUUCACACAUCCAAAUCAAGGUUCGUCCAUAGUCAACCCAUUGAAAGGUUCUCCAAGUUCAUCUCCUACUCGUUCACUCAAAUUGGUACCCGGUUCGUUACGCCCUAAGUUCACAAGGUCUAAAUCAUCAGGUCUUACAGUGACACAUCCAAUAACACUGCAUAUAGGAUCACGAUCAAAACCAGUUGAAGUUUCUGAUUUUGCUGAUACUUCACUGCUGGGUGGUGAGGAUGAUGACAAUGAUUCAAGCAAUGAUGAUUAUGACGCUGAAUCUAUAAAUUCAAUACUUGAUGAAUAUAAUACAACUGCUCUUAAAUUGGUAAAGAACUCAUCACCUUCUAAAUCUCCAAGAAAAAGCAAGUUUUACGAAGACUUAGAUGAGCCACGUCACGUUCCAGAGCACGUGAUAAAAGUUCGUAUACCCCCUAAUACCAAGAAUGAUGAAAAUAUAGAGCACAUAUCAACAAAACAUCAAGAGAAACUCCCAAUGAAAUCACAAUUGAAAAAUCCAAUGAGUUCUUCAAACAAUCAAAUGUCACCAGCAUCUAAAAAUAUACAACGUAAAUCCAAAACUAAGUCAAUAAUUGAAUUGACUCUUUCUGAGCAUUCAUCAUCAUCAUCAUCAAAUUCACCUACUAGUUUUUAUGAUGCCCAACAAGGACCAGGAGGCAGUCCUACCGCUGUUGAAACAUCCAUACUGUCGCCUGGACCCAAGUUUAACAUCUUUGAUGACAAAAUAAAGACAGGAGGAGGAUCACAGACAAAUCAAGCAAGCACUAGAAGAAUCCCUAGACGAGAGGUAAUAAGUGUAAGCUCAAAUGUAAACACAAGUAAUCGUUCUUCAUUGUAUAACCUUACUACAGUUUCUGCAGGUGGGGUAGAAACGUCGGGUCCAGAACAUGGUAAUUCACCACAAUCACAAUCACAAUCACCACAAGUACCUAACGAAAUACAAGAGCAACACCUUCGUCAUCUGAAUGAGCCAAAUCAAAGAGAGUCCAUCACGACGGUAUCAUUUGCAGAUAUACUGGAGCAACCAUUAAAUAAAUCUGAUGUAGCAGCAGCCAGAUGGAGUACCAUUACCGAUGAGACAAUUUUAAAAGAAUUAAAUACCACCAGGGAAAGAGAGAGUCCAGCCAAGAGUAAUAGUUAUAGAGAUGGUACAGAUACCUUUCUGCUUUCUUCAGGCGAACUUUUAGCAACAUUGCAAAGUUUCUAUGGAGAAGGGACUGCAGCAGUUCAAAGACAACAAUCGGUAAAGGGACAAUCUCCACGAUUAAUUGAUGUAAGAAGGGUUACUCCUGAGGUACAUGCUAUACCAGAUAGUCAGAGAAAUACACUUUCGGGAAAUUUAUCUCCUAUUCGUGCAGAAUUUGAUACGGAGGCGGCACUGGCUCCGGCACCACCUCCACCUCCACCAAUCAUCGAUCUGGUAGCUAUACCCGAAAGAGCAUAUUCACUGUCUCCGACAUUAUCACAAAGUUCACGCAUUACUGAAUAUAUCAAUAAGAAUUUAAAUCCUGGCAUUGAAGAAUUUAGACGCAGCCAUCCAAGCCAAUCGCAAGCUUCAUCAAUCCACCCACCAGUCCCCACUCAUUACCAAGACUCUCUUUCUAAAAAAACUUCUCACGAAAGGAUGUUAGAGUCUAUAUCCCCUAAUAAGAGUCCAGUCGUCACUCUGGCAGUGACAAAAGAUUCUUCACAACGUUAUCAUAUCCCUCAUGAUCUUGAAAAGGGAACCGAUGGAAAGUAUAAUAAUCGUAACCAUAACUCGGAGAAUUACAGUUGGGUGAGAUUCUUUGCCAUGAUAUCCCUAGGUUUUAUAGCCCCACCGAUAUUUUUCCUUCUUACCAUGGGAUCUUUUGAUUCAAGGAAGAUUCCUAGUUCCUGUUAUACAGGUACUGGUAGCUAUUAUUAUGCUAAUGGAGAGAAAAGAAGAAAGUUCCUGACCACCCAGAAAUUGACCAGUCUUGUACUUGGGCUAUUUUGGUGUGCCGUAGUGGUAGCGAUGAUAGGAGUAGGCUUUGGAGUUGGUCUAUCUCGAGUGACCUAA